AUGCGACCCCCCCAGGCCAUCGCGGGCCUCGCUGUCGCCCUUCCGUUUGUGCACGCAUUGGCUCCCCGCACGCAGAUCGCGGACUCGUACGACUUUGUCAUUGUCGGCGGUGGUCAAGCGGGCCUGGUCCUCGGCGGGAGACUCUCGGAAGACAGGAAUCACACUGUGCUCGUGCUGGAGGCCGGAGACACUGGCGAUGCGUAUCGACAGCGUAUAGAUACCCCUGCAUACUCCUACUUUGAUUCCCUCUGGACUACGCCGCUGAACUGGGCCUUCAAUACCGUUCCUCAGCCCAAUGCGGAUAAUCGGGAGAUUUUCUGGCCCCGGGGCAAGACACUCGGAGGCAGUUCUGCUAUCAAUGGGCUCUAUCUGACCCGCCCCGGCGAGGAUGAGAUCAACGCUUGGAGAGACAUGCUGGGAACCAUGGACGGUGCCGAUCACUGGUCAUGGCAGUCGCUGUACGCUGCCAUGAAGAAGAGCGAGACGUUUACCCCUCCCAUUGAUUCUGUCAUCCAAGAGGCGGGUAUCACCUGGGAUGCCUCGACGCAUGGCACCUCGGGCCCGAUUCAUGCCUCGUACCCUGGGUACACAUUCCCCCAAGUCGGCCAAUGGUCCGCCUCGUUGCAGAAUAUGGGAAUCCCCGUCUCCGACCAGAUGUACGGCGGCCAGAACUGGGGCGCCGAAGUCUCAACAUCCAGCAUCAACCCUACCAACUGGACGAGAUCAUACAGCAAGACGGGCUACCUCGAUCCACUGCCGGACAAUGGAAAUUACGACGUCCUGGCAAAUGCCUAUGUCACUCGCCUUCUUUUUAAUAGUUCUUCGCCGGCGGAUAACUUGACCGCGGACGCGGUUGAGUACACCCUCGAUGGCGGGCAGACAAAGUUGACAGUCGGGGUUAACAAGGAAGUCAUUCUCGCCGCUGGCAGCGUGAAUAGUCCGUCUAUUCUGCUGUACAGCGGUGUUGGGCCCAGGGAUGUUUUGUCUGCGGCCGGCGUUGAACUGAUCUCGGAACUUCCUGGCGUUGGGCAGCAUCUGCAGGAUCAUCUGCUCGCGACUGUUACCUUCAGCACGAAUGACGCUACUGCAGGCUCUAUAUACUACGACAAUGGCCCGGACAAGAACAACACUCUCUACCUCUCCUACAUCGACUCGGCCAUCGCGUACGUCAACUCGACAGGGAUGUACGGCACCGGUCUCCAACAGCUUCAGCGCAGCAUCCUCUCCAACGUCAACCAGUACGCACCCAAGACGACGUACGACUCGGGCGUCAUCGCCGGCUACCACGCCAUCUACAACACGACCGCAACCAGCAUCUGGGACAGCCCGAUCGGGCAGAUUGAGCUGCUGUUCAUGAACAGCGACUCGAACGGCGACAUCGGCAUCACCGCCGCCCUGCAGCAUCCCUACAGCCACGGGCGGAUUUACAUCAACUCGUCCAAUCCACUGGACUACCCUGUGAUCGACCCGAACUAUCUCUCGAACCCAGCCGACCUCGAAAUCCUCCGCGACGGCCUCAAACUCGCCCGCCGCCUCGGCCAGACGUCCCCCCUAAAAGAUAGCCUCACGGCCGAAACCUCCCCAGGUCCCUCCGUCCAAUCCGAUGAUGACUGGGACACCUGGAUCGCCUCACAAGCGAGCACGGAAUUCCACCCCUCCUCUUCCUGCGCCAUGCUCCCCCGCGAACAGGGCGGCGUGGUCGACGCAAACCUCCGCGUCUACGGCCUUGCAAACGUCCGCGUCGCAGACGCAAGCGUCCCACCCAUUGCGUUGUCGACGCAUCUGAUGGCGUCGACGUACGGACUGGCUGAGCAGGCCAGUGAUAUUAUUCGGGCGUUUUAUAACGCGGCGCCGGCCAUGGGGUCGAGUUUUAGUAGUCACAGCUCGACGAGCGAGAAUGGUACCAAUUCUACUUCUGCUGCCGCUUCGUCUUCGGUGGUGGUGAGGAAUAGUACUAGUUCCGGGACGCAGUUACGGCAUGGCUCUAGUGGGAGGGUUUAUUCAUCGUUGCAUGGGUUCUGGGUGUCUUUUGCUUUGCUGGGCUUGUUCGGGUUGGUACUUUGA